AUGUGGAUUUCAAUAUAUUUGGUGACUACGGUUUUCGUAUUGAUAACAGCGCAAUCCUCCGAAGAUUUUACGACGUACACUGGGCCAUACUCACUGAAUCCGUCAACUGUUAAUUUCAAUGACAUUUACAGCAACCAUAUGCUGAAUGACAACGACGAUACCUUAGACGAUCCAAACUCCAUACCGACACAGUUCAUCGAAUUUCACCCAAAAUUACUGCAAAUAUCACCCAUAACACAGAAAGGACUUCUUUCAUCAAAGAAGGCAGAGGAGUCGGAAUAUGGUUCUUCUACUACAGAAGAUAACCAGGUUAAAGUUAUACCUAUGAGAAAUCAUCACAGAGGAGUUUUAGAUGUUUUGUUUCCUGCCGCAAGAGUACGGACUUUUAAGAACAUUUUUGACACAUUCAGGCGAGUGUUGUCAUAUACAUUUUGA